AUGGCCCCCAAAAAGCCAGAGCCAAAGAAGGAGGAGGCCAAGGCAACUCCUAAAGCUGCUCCAGCCCCUGCCCCGGCUCCAGCACCAGAGCCUGACCGGCCCAAAGAAGUGGAAUUUGAUGCUUCCAAGAUUAAGAUCGAGUUCACACCAGAGCAGAUCGAAGAAUUUAAGGAGGCGUUCAUGCUAUUUGACCGCACCCCCAAGGGCGAAAUGAAGAUUACCUAUGGGCAGUGUGGAGAUGUCCUGCGGGCACUGGGGCAGAAUCCCACACAAGCCGAGGUGCUCCGUGUCCUGGGGAAACCGAAACAGGAAGAACUCAACACCAAGAUGAUGGACUUUGAAACCUUCCUGCCCAUGCUCCAGCAUAUUUCCAAGAAUAAAGAUACGGGCACCUAUGAGGAUUUCGUAGAGGGGCUUCGAGUCUUCGACAAAGAAGGCAAUGGCACUGUCAUGGGUGCUGAACUCCGCCACGUGCUGGCCACGUUGGGUGAGAGGCUGACAGAGGAUGAGGUGGAGAAAUUGAUGGCCGGACAGGAGGACUCCAAUGGCUGCAUCAAUUACGAAGCUUUCGUGAAGCAUAUUAUGGCCAGCUGA